AUGAACAACACCAGAUCGUUCACUUUCGUCUUGUUGCAAGCCUUGUUCGUGAUCGCAUUGAUGAGCCUCAUUCAGAGCUCGUACCAGCAAGAUCGCGGAGAAGCUGCAGUGGAUGCAGCAUUGAAGGUCUUGGAUUCCAUGGGAUGGCUCAAUUCUAAUACUCACUUGUUUUUCAAGAGAGUGGCUUUGUGUGAGAGCAAUUAUGGACAAGAUCCGAACACUUAUCGUUCAGGAUAUUAUGGAGGAAUUUGGCAAGUCGACAAUAUCGCUUUCAAGAAUACCCAAAUGCCUCAAUCACAUCCCAUUCUCAAUCAAAAGUAUGCUGAUUUGAAGAGCUAUCUUGGCAUUGAUUGGAAAACAGUCACAUGGAGCCAAUGUGUUAAAGCAGCGUACUCAUUGUUGGCAGCACGAUUGAAUAUGUAUACCAUUCCUGCAAGUAUCCCAACCUCAUUGUAUGAUCAAGCUGUAUAUUGGAAGACUUAUUACAACACCAAUCAAGGCAAGGGAACCGUACAAUACUUUAUUGACUGCUGCAAGAAUGGUGGUUUAGGAGAUGAUCAAGCUUAA